AUGGCAGUAGUUGAAAGCAGAGAAUGGUGCUUGGCCUCUUAUGCACCUGAAGGUGUUCCAACUUCGGAUCAUCUCAAGCUCCGGACUGUCAAGCUCUCACUGGAUUCGAUCCCCGAACGACAUGUUGUUCUUGAGACCCUCUUCAUCUCCGUAGAACCAUAUUUGCGCAGCAGGAUCACUGGCCGAGAAGACGGGCUAUACGCUCCUCAGUUCAACCUUAAUGAGGUACUUUCAACAUUUGGAGUCGGAAGGGUAAUUCGGUCAAAAGACAGUGACUAUGUUGAAGGAGACAUAGUGGUCAGCCCCUUCACACCCUUUGCUGAAUAUGGCGUGGUGCCAUCCCACUUGUUAACAAGAAAGGUUGAUCCAAACGAUGGGAUUCCAUUGCCUGAAUAUAUCAGUCUGCUAGGGGUACCUGGGUUUGCAGCUUGGGUAGGAAUUGAGGUGAUAGCAGACCCAAAACCAGGGUCGAAUGUGUUCAUAUCAGCUGCAGCUGGGGCUGUUGGAAUGUAUGCAGGACAGUUGGCCAAGCGUAGGGGAUGCAGGGUCAUUGGAAGCACCGGAUCAGAUGAGAAAGUGAGGCUCCUCAAGGAGGAAUUUGGAUACGAUGACGCAUUCAACUACCACACACAGACAGAUUUUGAUGCUGCUUUAAGCAACUACUUUCCCAAUGGAAUUGAUGUGUACCUUGACAAUGUUGGCGGUAAAAUGCUUGAGGCAGUUCUCAACCAUGUCAACAAGAAUGCAAAGAUCCCUCUUUGUGGCAUGAUAUCUGGCUACAAUAAGGUUUGGACUGAGAGAGAGGGGGUGAGAAAUCUGCUGAAUUUGAUCGGCAAGGAGGUGAAUAUGCAAGGGUUCAUGGUGGGUUCAUACUUGCAUCGUUUUGGGGAUUUUGCAAAGGAUAUGGAGAGCCACCUAAAGCAAGGCAAGAUUGGUUCUAAGCUCAAGAUCUUCCAUGGAAUUGAAACAUUCUUGGAGAGCUUAGGAUCCCUCUUCACCAGCUCUAAUGUUGGAAAAGUAAUAGUCCAAGUCAAGUAA